AUGGUGAUUCAACGAGCUUAUCGGGAAUACCGAGCUCGAAAUACCAGUCGUCGGCAGGCAGAUGCUGAACGGCGAGCCGCAGUUACUAUUCAAAGUUGUUAUAGGAGAUAUAAACAGUUUUGUUACUUCAAAAAAUUACACAACGCGGCCAUUGUGGUUCAGAAGCAUUUCCGGUUGAAAAAGGUUGGUCGUAUGAAUCAAACCGAACAUCCAUCUUGCCCAUCGACUGAAGUCCCGGAACAUCCAACUUUAAAUGGUCAAAGCAUAAGAAUUCAAGUACCUCAAAAUAGUUCAUCGUUACUACGGGAACAUCGAGCAGCUACCACUAUUCAACUAGCCUACCGUGGCCACCGAAAACGCCAAGCAGCUGCGCGCAAAAUCCAAAAAUUCAUGAAAGAAAGCCGUAUGAAGUAA